AGACAGUUGAUGGAGAUCAGAGACUUAUUUGGCCCAGGCCUGAGUGCCCAGGAGGAGCCUCCCACUGUCGUGGUGCAUGGAGUUGCUGGAAUCGGGAAGUCAACCCUGGCCAGGCAGGUGAGGAGAGCCUGGGAGGAAGGCUGGCUGUUCAGGGACCGCUUCAAGCAUGUCUUCUACUUCAACUGCAGAGAGCUGGCCCAAUCAGAGACCAUGAGUCUCGCUGAGCUCAUCACAAAAGACUGGGCUGCUCCUGAUGCUCCCAUUGGGCAGAUCCUGUCUCAGCCAGAGCAGCUGCUCUUCAUUCUUGAUAACUUAGAUGAACCAAAGUGGGACUUGAAGGAGCAGAGUUCUGAGCUCUGUCCACACUGGAGCCAGCAGCAGCAGGUGCACACACUGCUGGGCAGUUUGCUGAAGAAAACCUUACUUCCCACAGCUUCCCUGCUGAUCACUGCUCGGAUCACAACUCUGGGAAAACUCAUUCCUUCUUUAAAGCAUCCUCGCUGGGUGGAGGUCCUGGGAUUCUCCGAGUCAGCCAGGAAGGAGUAUUUCAACAAAUAUUUCAUAGAUGAGAGCCAAGCGAUUAGAGCCUUUAUGCUGGUUGAAUCCAACCCGGCUCUCUUCACCAUGUGUCUCAUGCCUUUGGUGUCCUGUCUGGUCUGCACUUGCCUGAAGCAGCAGAUGGAGCAGGAGCAACCACUCUCACUGACCUCCCAGACGACCACAGCCCUCUGUCUGCACUACUUUUUCCACGUUCUCCAGACUCAGUCCCUCGGGACUAAGCUGAGGGGCUUCUGCUCUCUGGCUGCUGAAGGCACCUGUCAAGGAAAGACUCUGUUCAGCCCCGAGGACUUCAGGGAACACGGGUUAGAUGGGGCCAACAGGAAACACGGGUUAGACGGGGCCAACAUCGCCACUCUCUUAAACAUGGGUGUUCUUCAAGAGCACCCCACCCCUCGGAGCUACAGCUUCAUUCACCUGUGCUUCCAGGAGUUCUUUGCAGCAAUGUCCUAUGCUUUAGGCGAUAGAGUGUUGAAAGGUGAUUGCUUUAAUAACAUCAAUAUUAUAAAAGACUGGACAGAUGUAUAUGACAGGCGUGACCUAUUUGGGGAACCAACCACGUGUUUCCUGUUUGGCCUUUUGAGUGAUCAGGGGAUGAGAGAGAUGGAGAGCAUCUUCAAAUGCAGCCUGUCUCGGGAGAGGCUUUGCCCUCUGCUGCGCUUGGCCAAGAGGGAGGUCCGUUUGAAGCAUCUGAACCUGGACCCAUAUUCUUGGCAUUUGCUGCACUGUUUUUAUGAGAUUCAGGAUAAAACCUUUAUGAAAAAUAUUUUCAUUCCCUUUACAUUGAGCUGCAUUGAAAGGUUUCUACUGAAUGAGGGUGGACAGCACAGACAAGCAGAAUGGAGUUUCACUGUAUUUCUGUAA